UUUAGGCGAGAAUGGUAACUUAUCGGAUGGUUACACACUCACCAGGAAAAUGUGGAACCGAACUUUCGACGGUAUCUCUGGCAAUGUCACAGUAAACGAAAAUGGUGAUCCUGACGCCGACUACUCUCUUUGGGACAUGACCGACACCGUGAACGGGGACAUGUCGGUAGUAGCUAAUUUUCACGGUGCGACAGGCGAGCUGGAGUUUGUGGGUAAUAUCGCUUGGCCAGGAGAGGCGACGGGUCCGCCGCCCGACACUCCGUUCUGUGGGUUCGAUAACGAGAAUCCUGCGUGCCAGAUGCAAGGUUCAACCUGGAAAAUAACCCUCAUCGUAGCGUGCUGUCUCCUCCUUGUUGGGAGUGCCAUCACUCUGUUAGUUUACAGAAAAUUAAGACGAGACGCAGAAAUUAGAGGCAGGGCGUGGCAAAUAAAGUGGGAGGACCUGCAAGUGCAAAGUGACGACGUGCGGGGACGCAGAGCCUCCUCGUUUUCCCUUGGAAGUGUUUCGUUAAAAACUGAAGAAGAGAAACAAAUAUUCACCCAAACAGCUUUUUAUCAGGGUCGAACUGUUGCUGUUAAGAAGAUCUCACUUGAUCACGUGACGUUGGAAAGAAACACCCUCAUCGAGUUGAAAAACAUGCGGGAUCUAGAGCACCCGAACUUGGCGAGGUUUUUUGGAAUGUGCCUAGACGUUCCUAAUGUGGCCAUCAUAAAUGAGUACUGUCCAAAAGGGAGCUUGAUGGACAUGCUUCAGAAUGACUCCAUCAAGCUUGAUUGGCUCUUCAAGUAUUCACUAAUCAGUGACGUCAUCAAGGGAGUGCAGUAUCUUCACCGCAGUGCGCUAUCAGUCCAUGGCAGACUCAACUCGUCCAACUGCCUUGUGGACAGUCGAUUCGUUGUCAAGCUCAUCGACUUUGGUUUGCAGUCUUUAAGAGAGGGCGCAACACAGACGUUGGGUAACCACGCUCUGAUGACAAAGUCGCUCUAUAUUGCCCCCGAGUUACUUCGUGAUCUGAAGCGAGGCCCGACAAAAGAGGGCGACAUCUACAGCGUUGGGGUGAUCAUGAGAGAAAUAGCGACCAGGGAGGGACCGUACGAAGCCGAGUUCAAAAACAUGGAAGUCGGUGAAAUACUUGACAAAAUCAGGUCGCCUCCAGCUGGUUUGCAACCGUUUCGCCAACGAGCAAAUACCGAGAACAUUGAUCCUAAAAUAUGGGAUCUGAUCACAGCUUGUUGGGAAGAAGAUCCUAAAGAGAGGCCCAAUGCCAACUCGCUCAGAACAUCCAUCGACAAAAUCAACAGAGAGAAGAACACAGGCACAGGUAUCCUUGACAAUUUGCUGAAUCGAAUGGAGCAGUACGCCAACAACCUGGAGGAGUUGGUGGAAGAAAGAACGGCAGCCUUCUUGGAGGAGAAGAAACGAGCUGAGAGGCUGCUCUAUGAGCUGUUGCCAAGAGUUGUUGCCGAUCAGCUGAAGCGAGGCAAGGCCGUUGACCCCGAGUCCUAUGACAGUGUCACCAUUUUCUUCUGCGACAUCGAAGGGUUUACUGAACUCUCGGCACACAGCACGCCCAUGCAGGUGGUUAUUUUACUGAAUGAUCUCUAUACGUGUUUCGAUGGCAUUAUUGAAAACUUUGACGUUUACAAGGUUGAAACGAUCGGGGAUGCCUACAUGGUUGUGUCUGGGGCACCAGUCCGGAACGGCAAAGCGCAUGCGCGAGAGAUUGGCAACAUGGCGCUGGCCUUGCUGGAGGCAACCAGCUCCUUUACGAUUCGACACAAGAGAGACCGGAAACUCCAUCUACGCGUUGGAAUACACACAGGACCAUGCGUAGCUGGCGUGGUGGGACUAAAGAUGCCUCGUUACUGUCUCUUUGGCGACACAGUGAACACAGCGUCACGAAUGGAAUCAAGUGGAGAAGCUUUGAAAAUCCACAUCAGCUCAGCCACAAAGACCGUUUUGGACGACUUUGGAGGUUUCGACAUUCAAAUGAGAGGUGCCGUGGAAAUGAAGGGAAAAGGCGUCCAAACUACCUUCUGGUUGCUAGGAAACGCUGACGGGAAACUCAGACAUGUGGAGCAUUUGUCACUAACUUGAGAAAAUGUAG